GUUCAGUCAGUGUUUGUUUUCUCAACGAACAUUAUUUCUAAAACACGGACUUGUUUCUGCUCAGUAGUUCCUUGUACGUGGAAUUUUGUUUUAUGUCAGUAUUUAAAGAUGAAGUGUAUAUUUUAUUAAGUUGACGCCUUAACUUAAGGCUUAAGCGACUUCCAUCAUGACUUACACACUUGUACACCUAGUAAUUUUUACUGUAUCAAUGCUGGGACGUUUCAUUGCCUUAAAGGACGAGCCAGACAGAAGCAGUCGUCUUUGCUGUGCCGUACAGAGACAGGGCUCUGACAUGCAGGCUGACUGAAGGGGGUGGAGUUUGCCGUUAUACAGUCAUAGUUGGUUCCCCUCUGAUCUCCUCUGUAUCAGCCUGUGGACUAAGGGAGGUGCUCUCCUGACCACCAUGGCGGACCACAACCCAACAUGCCCCUCCCCCCAAGAGGCUACACUGCGAUCCCCUGGGGCCCCUCUCUCCCUGUCCUUUCCUUUCCUGAGGGAGGGCAGCCGCAUAUGGGAGCGCAAGCCCCCCCAGGUUGGGGAGCUGCCCAGCCCGCUGCCCACCAAACGCACCCGCACAUACUCGGCUGCGGCUCGGGCCACAUCAGGGCCAGUCUUCAAGGGGGUAUGCAAAAACUUCUCCAGGUCGCAGGGUCAUGGCUUCAUACGGCCAUCCAGUGGUGGCGAGGACAUCUUUGUCCACAUCUCUGACAUUGAGGGGGAAUACGUGCCCAUGGAGGGGGAUGAGGUGACGUACAAAGUGUGCCCCAUCCCUCCGAAGAACCUGAAGGUCCAGGCUGUGGAGGUGGUCAUCACUCACCUGGUCCCUGGGACAAAACAUGAGACCUGGUCUGGCCAGAUAAUCAGCUCCUAGACUCUGCUUGCUGCCUUGUGAUGUCUCAGAGCUGAUGGUAGGGUGGGACAGGGUGGGUUUGAGGGGGGUGGUGGGAUGUGGCAGCGGGGUGUCUAUAGCAUUGGGAGCAAAGCAAGAAGAAUGUCAAAGGAAACUGAACUGAAGUGAAGGUGAAGGCAGGGAGGUCUGGGGUUUGACACGAGUGGAUGCGGAGAAGGGAAGGAUGCGAAAGAAAAAGUUCCACUGGAUGUUUUUGGUCACGUUGAGGGAAUCUUGAAAUGGAUGGUCUAGGAAUGUGUGCUGUGAGAAGGUGGGUAAAUACAAAAGAGGUGGGGAUCCUGGGAACAUGGCUAGGGAGGAAGGGUGGAAGCUUUGGGGAAUCUUUCACUCACAAACAAAAAUGCAACAUAUCCUUCUGAUUUCCCAAAAUUUGUCAGUCCCUGUCUUUAUGUUUUGUCCUUAUUUAUCUAUUUAUUCAUUUAUUUAUAUUUUACUUUUGGAUUGCAGGGAUUUAUUCUGGAGUUGCAGAUUUAAGAUGAACUUUCUUUGGUUCUACGUCAAAAUCUUGACUCCGCUUAGAAAUGAAUGUUUGCAGGAGGAGGUCAGUCCAUGUAAUGCUUCCUCACAGGGAAUAUAGUCUGGGAGAUGUACAAAUUUUUUACUGUUAUGGUACUCUUGGCUGCUUGUAUGUUUCUGCAUUAGCUAGUAAAACUGAAGUUAAUGUCUACCAAGUCUGUAAGGAGUUAGACAUAGGAGAAUGAACAGGCUACUUACAGUAUGAAUUUACACAAUUAAAAGGAGAGGUGUUCCACUUUUUUUUUUUUUUUUUUUUUUUUUUUUCCCUUUUUAUUUUCUUGGACCAUGAUCACACUGUUCUGGAAUCAAUAGAAGUGAUGCUAGUGAAAUAUCUCGUUGGAGAUAUUUUUGGAUGUGUAGCUUGUAGAGCACAGUGUGUGGUGACACAGUGGCUAUUUCAGUAAGGUGAUCUGUGGUACUCUGUAGCAUUUUGUUUUUACUCCACAUUUUAGCAUCUGGGCAUUAUAAGUGACCAAGUACCUUGGCUGACAAUCUGAGCUGUUCAGGGUACAUCAUGGAAUUGCAGUUCAGUCUGAUAAUGUUGUCCAUCAGUAAAUGUUAUUUGUGAAAAACAAAAUGAUUAUAAUUAACAGGGUAAACAUUUUUUUUCUAGUACAAUAAAUGGUUAACUGUUUUUAGGUUUUACAUAAAAUGCUCAGUCUCUGUAACCGUUUUAAUGUGGUGUCAUUUAAUUUGUCCUUUUU